CGUGGAAUGUAUGUAUAUCAAUCAUAUUGUAUUAAACUACUCGUUGGGGUACCAAAAGCGCCCAUUCUCGUCGAGACACCUGAAAUAAGAGGUUAGCCGUUGGCACCUUCAAAUAUGAUCAUCACAAAACAACAGUGAUUGAUUCCGUCAGACAUCCAAGGAAGGAUUCGCUCUCAUUUGUCCAGAAAAGGCUCUUUUAGGACUCGAGUGGAAACUUGGUGAUUGAUGUUGUGUGCGAGGUUUGCUGGAGGUUAGCAAGCAAGGCAAAUAUUUAUGCCCGGCGAAAACUGCUCUCGAAGAUUCUGCUUCUUCGCUUUGGCAGUUGUUUGUUUUGUCGUUCGGGUGGCCACAGUCAACGCUGAGUCGACCUUCCCGAACCAAUCCAGUCUCGCCUCGCUUGUUCGGAGCCACGAAACACUCGUGCGUAGGACGUGUGUAAACCAGUGCUGGCGCUCUGAAACCUGCGGCCGCGCUUGCGGCGACUCUAAGAAGCAAGUCGGAAUGGAAAGGUUUGGGAGGUGAGAAAUGAAGAAGAAUUUCGAGAUCGGUUGCUGCGCCGCGGUCA